AUGUGCUCUCAAAAAAUGAUUACAUUUACUCUUCUAUUUAUCGUUAUGAUGAUGAUGUUCAAUAAAUCAUGUGCUUACAGAAUUGUUAGUGAUUCUGAAUGGGAAGAAAUGGAACAUUGGAAUAUCUAUGAUCGUGUUGGUCAACAUCUUGAUAUGCGACAAACUGCGGAGAUGGAAAAUAUGCAAUGGUUACCGAAUUCGAAUAAAAUCGGAUUAGGAUAUAAUCCUAUAACUGGUGAUCCUAUCUGUUACACUGGUGAUUGUCAUAUGAGUGGAUUUGGUCGAAGUAUUUUCAAAUUGGAUUAUACUAAUCCACCCACUGGUUCAUGUACGACAAAAUUGAUUCCACAAUAUAUUGAACUUGAUUGCAUUCCAUCGACAGAAGUACGUGAGAAAACACAGAAAAUUUCCAAUGUAAAAGAGUUCAAAGAAAGUACAGCAGAAGGAAUGAGCUGGAAUAUUGGUGGUGGUAUCACUUUUACCAAUCCAUUGAUCCCACCUAUAAUUUCACUCACUGCCAGUUAUGGUCAAUCUCGACAAUCAACAUAUAUGAUGAAUCAUAUCUAUCGAGAUGAAUCUAUUGUAUACCAUACUUAUGCUAGAGUAUCUACAGUAAAAUUGUCAUUAUUUGCACCAAAACUAGAAUUGUCCGAUAAUUUUCGUUAUGUGAUUGAAAAUCUUCCGGUAACUGGCACGUACACUCCCGUCAUAGAAAAAUAUAUUCAAGAUUAUAUAUUUAAUUAUUUUGGUUUUACAUACAUUACUGAAUUAUUAUUAGGUGGAAUUGCACAAAUGUUGACAGUGAUAGAAACAUCAUCAGUAGCACCAAUGGAAACGGAAGGAAUUAGUGCUUCACAAAUGGUUGGUUUAUCCUUCAGUAAAAUAUUUAGUUUUAAUUAUAAUGAAAAUGAAAGUGAAAAUUCAACUAAACUUCAAUCAUUUCAACGCUAUGUUAAAUCAUCAAUGGCGACGACAGUUGGUGGUGCGCCGUAUAAGGAUGAGCAAAAUCUCAACGAUUGGUUUACUACAAUUCAGAACAAUCCAGUUACAAUUAAGUAUACUAUUCAAUCUAUCUUUGAUUUAAUUACACCUCAGCGCUUUCCGAAUGACACAAAUAUUGAAAAAAAAGCAGAAUAUAUUAUGCAAGCACUCGAACAAUAUGUCAACAAAACAGCUACUGUUUAUUGUGAAAAUCAAUGUACAAAUGAAGCGCAAGGUAUUUGUAAACCAAUCGGAGCUUAUGGUUAUGGUUUAUGUUCAUGCAUCAAUGGAUAUAGUGGCUUCGAUUGUAGUCAUUCACCUCCACCACCACCUCCAACUACGACAAUCAUUCCACCACCACCUCCACCAGUCUUAUAA